UGAGAAGGAUACUGAAAACAUGUUUUUCACCGAUAUGGAAGAAACCCUUCUGAUGAGCCUACGUAAUCCUCUUGCCCUUCCUUGGGCAGCACUCGCUUCUCAUUUCACCAGGGAAGAAGCCACAGAAUCUAGCAGGGUCUUAAAUACUUGUGACUGGGAGUUGGGCCAGAAAAAAGGGAAGAGUCUUCUCCAUCUUCUAUCCCUCUGCCCCUAGUUUUGCUGUCCUGCUUUUUUGACACCAUGACAGGACCCUGCAAAGGACCCUUAGCUGUGUGAGGCUCCGCAGCGGAAGUACAACCCCCAACGUCCCUCCUCUCAGACCAGUCCAGGUUCUGAAAGGUGAUAAGAAGAUGGAAUAUUUCCAGCCAAUCAGAGCAAGCCACGCCCUUGGGGGGGGCUAUAAAAGGCAGGUCCUAGCAACCAGUCCACAGUUCGGUGUCCGAACGUCACAGAGGGAGGAUCGUCCCUGUAGACUUUAAGAUGCACUUGGGAAUUGAAGGCAUAGACGCCCACAGCCCCUCCACGCAACACCCCACAGACCAAACGCCCUGCCAGCAGAACUCUAAAGAAAGAGGCUCAGAUGUGGAGGAGAAAUCACUCGAAGGAAAAGAGGAGACGUUCUCUUCCCUGUUAAGACAGGGUUGCACCCAAGGGCAAGGGUCAGAGCCAGAGACAGAUGAGGAGAACUCCAAGGAAACUGAGCUUAAAAGACACAGCAGUAGCUCUGGAUCAGAAUUGGAAGGCUGCUCCAGUUGGGAGGGCUCCAGGAAGAGAAAAAUCAGUUCCAGCGACAGCACCUGUGAUGGAGCAGGGGCCUCUCCAGCAGAUGAGGGCAGUGUGACUCCGGGAAAGAAGAAACGGAGGGCGUCUGACCAUGGCCGCAGCAGCGAGAGCCAGGGGACCGCGCCCGCCCGCCCCGGGAGACGCUGGGCGCGGGGCUCGGGGCGCAGCAGGCGGGGCAGACACAGCCCUCGGGGAGACCGGCCGCCUCCACUUCGGAAGGCACUGGUGACCACCCUGCGCGCCCUGUCUGAGGCCAUCUAUCAGGACGUCGCUCAGGUGUGCGAGCUGCAGAAGCAUUCCCCGCUGACCUGGGAGGAGCAAUUCGGACUCGGGCAGCUCUGGGGGCCUCUGUACUCGGCUUUGCAGACCGUCUACACCAUGGCCAACCAGGCGGCCUACGCCUUCCCGGCCGAGAGCUGGCUGCUCCCAGGCCCGCCGCAGGACCCCGGGCCCCAGGUUCCAGCUGCGGAUGGACGAGAAGCCCUGGGCUCCCCGGGGGAGAGACGCGGGCCCACCCCUCCCCGGGGCCAGAGCUAGGCUGCCGCAGCUCGCAGCUCGGUUAGGGUCGCAGAGCCGUGCGUGCAGCUCUUGCAGCUCCGGGGGUGAGCACACAAUCCUGCUACCGCUCAGAGUCCCAGAAACCAGCAGGGCGUGUUUUAGACACAGGGUGUCAGUAAGUGAUAGAACUUGGGGUCCUAGGAAAGGUACUCGAAACAUGGACUCAGAACGGGGAGAUGAUGAAGUUUCAAUUUCAUGUUAGACAUUUUCCUGUAUUUUGAGAAUCUUAAGACAGCCAAGCGCUAUUUUAUGAGAACAAAGAUCAGGGUGCAAUUCAUAUGUAUUUGCGUAUUCUAAGUGUAGUGAAGUAAGCAUGCUUAUUAUAUCCUCCCCUUUGAUCCUGAAAAGGCUGUAAGUCUUCCCAUUCCAGGAGUGGAGGCCACAGGCUGGGGUAACAUUCUGUGUGGAGAAGAUGGCUGUAUUUAUUGUUCAGUUUGAUGAACUCAUGGUGAAGUCACCAUGUUCAGUUAUUUUAUAUAAAAUCUGAGUCAAGAUAUAUUGUUAAUGACCAUAUGUAUUUAUUCCUACAGCUGGCUCAUAUUAUAUGCCUAAUUUAAAAUUUUCUUCUAUUUUAUAAAUUUCAAGUUAUCCUGCUUAUGAGAGGAUAUUAAAACUAAUGUAGAUACUCAUUUUUUAUAGAUUUUA